UUAUUGUGACUACUUCGCUAUGUAUCUGGCCCGUGUCCCUCCAUCUGUGAGAGACACAUCACAGUGGUUGGAAACACAAAGAGAACGUGAAAGACUACUACCAGAAAUGGAUGGAAGAGCAGGCCCAGAGCCUGACUGACAAAACAAUGGUUGCAUUUCACCAAGGAAAGAUACCUCCAGCUCCAUUCUCUGCUCCUCCUCCUGCAAGGGCCAUGAUCCCACCUCUUCCCAGUCUCCCGGGUCCUCUUUGCCCUGGCAUGAUGCCUGUACCCCACGUGGGAGACCCUCCCAUGAUGCUAAUAAUAAGCCCCCCUCCUCCCGGGAUGAUGCCUGUGGGACCUGCUCCUGGAGUGAGGACUCCCAUGGGUGGCCACAUGCCCACGAUGCCUGGGCCUCCAAUGAUGAGACCUCCUGCUCGCCCUAUGAUGGUGCCCACUCAGUCUGGCAUGACUCGGCCAGACAGGUAG